UUCAAAAUAAGGUUUUCAAAAAUUUGGUGCAUUUUUUAUUUAUUUUUUUAUUUAUGAUUUUUAUAUAUUCUGAAAUUGAACCUGGUGGCAUUUCUAUUACUACAAAUUAUGUACUUUGUGAACUUUCUGCAUUUGUCUUCUUUAUGGUUUUUCCAUUUUUGGCUUGUUUUGAUACUCAUUGUGAUGGAAGGUUCAAAUGCCUUAUUCACCCAAUAUCUCUUUGAUUUUACUGAUUCCCCUGCUUUUCUGGAUUUUUUUUCUCUAUUUUUCUAUUUUUGAAUUAGUAGCUUAUUUCAUCAUUAAUGUUGCAGGUAGAACACUGUUGUUUUGAGUCUCUGGAAAUACAACUGCUAAAAAGAUUUUGUAUGCACUUUAGAAGUGAGUAUUGUUGAAGGUUACAGACUUUAGGAGCUUGCUAAGGUCCGAGGAGGCACCCGUAGAGAUGAAAGUUAACGAAGUGAUUGAUAAUCAUUCCACUUAUUUAGAGAAAGAACAGAAAGAAGGGAAUGAAGAAGUAUCAGACACUGACACUACAAAGGACUCAGUAUCAUCUCAAGGCGAUUCUUUCACAAAUGAAGAUGAUAAAGUAGAGAAAGUUUCAAAAGAUCUUAAAAGUAAGGUUAAAGUGAAUGCUUUAGAAAGCAAUCGUGGAUCAAGGGAGAGAUCUGAUAGGAAAACAAAUAAACUGCAAUCAAAGGUAUCAGGUAGCAAUCAAAAGAAACCUAUGAACUCAAACAAAGGGCCUACAAAAGUUACAAACAAAAGUACUUCAACCAAUUCUAAGACAGCGAAAGUUACUGUAAAAGUUUCGCCGGAAUCUUCUGAAGGAGUUGAUGAAAAACCUGUUCUAGAGGUCAAGGAAAUUGAUAUCUUGGAUGGAUCCUUCAAAGGCGCUCAGAGCGUAGGAAGUGAAGAUGAAAGCCGUGAAAUUGUUAACCCUGAUGAAAACAGUGAACACGAGGACAGGAUGGCUUUGGAAUUGAAAAUUAAAGAAAUGGAAUCACGAAUUGAAAAUCUUGAAGAGGAACUGAGAGAAGUUGCUGCUCUUGAGGUGUCACUCUAUUCGGUUGUACCUGAGCAUGGAAGCUCAGCACAUAAGGUGCACACACCUGCUCGACGCCUUUCUAGGCUCUAUAUACAUGCUUGUAAGCAUUGGACCCAAAAAAGGAAAGCAACAAUUGCAAAGAAUACGGUUUCUGGCCUUAUUUUGGUUGCUAAAUCUUGUGGCAAUGAUGUUUCAAGGUUAACUUUCUGGUUGUCAAAUACCAUUGUGCUGAGGGAGAUAAUUUCACAAGCACUUGGGAAUUCAAGUCAAGUUAGUCCAAUUAUGAGGUUAGCUGAGUCAAAUGGGAAGUCUGCAGCAUUGAAAUGGAAAGGUAUCUCAAAUGGUAAAUCAGGAAACGAUUUUAUGCAGACCGGUGAAGAUUGGCAAGAGACAGGAACCUUUACAUUUGCCUUAGAAAGAGUAGAAUCAUGGAUCUUUUCUCGACUAGUAGAGUCGGUUUGGUGGCAGGCUUUGACUCCUUAUAUGCAAUCUUCUGUUGGGGACUGCGGUUCAAAUAAAUCCAUUGGGAGGCUGCUAGGACCUGCUCUGGGUGAUCACAACCAAGGAAACUUUUCCAUCAAUGUUUGGAGAAGCGCAUUCCAAGACGCUUUCCAAAGAGUCUGUCCUGUUCGGGCAGGAGGGCAUGAGUGUGGUUGUUUGCCUGUGAUGGCACGAAUGAUCAUGGAACAGUGCAUAGAUAGACUAGAUGUUGCAAUGUUCAAUGCCAUUCUUCGGGAAUCAGCCCUUGAGAUCCCAACGGAUCCUAUAUCGGAUCCGAUUGUGGAUUCAAAAGUUUUGCCAAUUCCAGCUGGAAACUUAAGCUUUGGAUCUGGUGCCCAGCUAAAAAAUUCUGUACGUAUUUUCCAGCUAAAAAAUUCUGUUGGCAAUUGGUCUAGAUUGCUCACUGAUAUGUUUGGCAUUGAUGCUGAAGAUUAUCUGGAAGAAUAUCAGGAGAAUGGUGAGAAUGAAGAAAGGCAUGGUGGAGAUGGCGAACCGAAAUCAUUUGUUCUCCUUAAUGACUUGAGUGACCUUCUAAUGCUCCCAAAAGACAUGCUUAUAGAUAGACAAGUCAGACAGGAGGUAUGUCCAUCCAUCAGUCUUUCAUUGAUUAUACGUGUUCUCUGUAACUUCACUCCAGAUGAGUUCUGUCCAGAUGCGGUUCCAGGAGCUGUCUUGGAGGCCUUAAACGGGGAGACUAUUGUGGAGCGAAAAUUGUCAGCAGAAUCAGUAAGAAGCUUCCCUUAUGCUGCGGCUCAAGUUGUGUAUACACCUCCCUCAUCAGCCAAUGUGGCAGAAAAAGUUGCAGAGGCAGGAGGAAAGUGUCACCUGACGAGGAAUGUAUCAGCUGUUCAAAGGAAAGGAUAUACGAGUGAUGAGGAGCUUGAGGAACUUGAUUCUCCUAUUACAUCUAUCAUUGAUAAGCUUCCUUCAUCUCCUAUAGUCACUACCAAUGGAGAAGGUAAUCGCAAGGAGCAAAGGAGUCACACUACCACAAAUGCUAGAUAUCAACUACUUCGUGAAGUUUGGUCCAUGUGAAGCUUGUGAAAUCCAUAUGUAUACUCUUUACCAAAGUAUAAAUGAACAUUUAAGAGAUUUAGAAGCAAGGAAUUGUGAAUUCAGAUAAAAAGAAAUAUAAUAAAGAUAUUCAAUACAUUUUGAGAAUCUUUGUUGAUAGGGCAAUUUAAGCCUCAGUUUCCUAUAUUUUUUUCUUGUAUAUAUGAAGUUAAGUUAUUAAGAGUAGCAUUGAAGAAUUUGUUCUGUUAA